CAGACAUCGCAGUUCAACUAGCUGAAUAAUACAUUAUUUGAUUUGAUUUGACUUCAUUUCGUUAAAACAAACUGGAUUGUUUCAAGACUGCUGAAACAGUCGCCAGCGGUUCCUCAAACAACAAUCAACCCAAAAAUAAUGCUCCGAUACUUGCGCAUACCUCAAGCGGAUCCCAACCCAAUUCUGCUGGCUGGAUCACCAUGGCCUAUCACACUGAUUUUGGUGGCAUAUCUGCUGUUUGUCCUCAAAUUGGGCAAGAUCUUCAUGAGAAACCGGAAGCCAUAUGAUUUGAAAACGGUCUUAAAAGUCUACAAUCUGUUUCAGGUGCUCUACAAUGGUCUCUACUUCGGAAUGGUUUUUUACUAUCUCUUCAUCGUGGGCAUUUGCAAUCUGCACUGCAUAGAGAGCUUUCCCGAGGGCCAUGAACGCAAACAACUGGAACGAGUGUUGCAUGCCGCAUAUCUGCUGAACAAGGUCCUCGAUCUUAUGGAUACGGUGUUCUUUGUGUUACGAAAGAGCUAUAAGCAGAUCACCUUCCUGCACAUAUAUCACCACGUGUUCAUGUCCUUUGGCAGUUACGCCCUUACUCGAUACUAUGGAACUGGAGGCCACGUCAAUGCCGUCGGACUGCUGAACUCCUUGGUGCACACGGUCAUGUAUUUCUACUACUUUCUGUCCUCAGAAUAUCCCGGAAUAAGGGCCAAUAUCUGGUGGAAGAAGUACAUAACACUGACACAGCUCUGCCAGUUCUUCAUGCUGCUCAGUUACGCCAUCUAUGUGAGAUUUUUCUCACCGAAUUGUGGGGUUCCCCGCGGUCUUCUCUAUCUGAAUAUGCUGCAAGGCGUUGUGUUCAUUUAUUUGUUUGGAAAAUUCUAUAUCCACAACUACCUGAGACCUGCGAAGGCGCAAAUCAACGCAAAGCAAUCGUAGGCUUAAAGCCAUUUGAAUAUACGUAAAUGCACAUUUAAUUAGUCCAUGUAUUUAACUAAGCACUCGCUCUGACUUCUGCUUUCUCAAAUGUGACUUCGGACCGAAGCUAUAUCUAAGCUAAACGAAACAAUAAAAUGGUAUUGUCCCGAA